GGAAAAGAAUUUUGUCGUCGGAUGCGGAAGCAGGAGUAGUUGACGUCGUGGUUUCAGUCUGCGACAUCAUACUCAUUUCUAGUUCAGCCUGGGCCUAAAAUUAAAGUUUGUAUCUCGUGAGUGACGCGCACAACUGUCCGAGCUGCACGCCUGCCUCGCGACCCUCCCGUGUGGCGUCGGACCCCCGGCCAGACCUGCGAUGAAGCCGCCGCCUCGGAAACGUACAAAACCAGAUCGCCAGCUGACUCCUGACCCGCCGCCGACGAAGAAGCCCGUUCGAUGGCAACGGAGCGAGUUGAAGAACGUGCUGAAGGCCCUGCAGAUCCUCUACCGAAAGUCUGCAGGGAACCGCGACAUCGACUACGCUUACCUGCAGAAACACGUCCGCACCCGGUCCAUUACAGAGUUCCAGACUCUGGUGGACUUUUUGAAGGACAACAUACUCUCAUUGGUGAGCUUAAAGCUGAAGAAGAGGAGGUUUCAGGAGGAGAGUUUCAGAAAGCCCAUCGACAUGUGGACAGAAAUGGCUUCCGUCAUUGCUGGGAGGCGCGAGGAAGCCAUCACCUCGGCUUUCUCCCAGAUGCUGAUGGUGUCGUCCACAGAGCCGUGCACGCUAAGGAACUCUGACCCCCCUCAGACACUCCCUGUGAGGCCGAUCAAAGUUGAGCGUCCCGGCACCAGCACCACCUGUCCUGUCCUGCUACUCAAGACCCCGGCUCCCGCUCAGGGCCCCGGCAUAAGGCCUAACCGAACCCAAGCGGUUAGCGUGUUAAACGGCCAGCCACAUCUUUCUACCACAGCUGGAACUUCAGCUGCCAGCACCCCCACCCCUCAGUGUGCCUCCACCCCCAGUCCAUCGGGUGUAGCGGUAAAAAUACUCGUUGCGCCUGCUCCAUCUCCACAACCCGCCUCGCGGACAUCAAGCCCGGUCCCGGGCACGCCCGGUUCUGGCUCUACGGCGCCGGUAAAGACUCAGAACGUUGACUCGUCUCUCAUCCAAACCACCCAGCUACCCUCGGCGCAAAGCCCCACCACCAUCUCCGCCUCCUCUCCAUCAGCGCCCCCUUCAUCCGGUCCUCACGCGGCCCUCUCCUCCUCUGCUACCGGCCAGGCUCUGGUCCCCAGCACAGCACCGCCCUCCUCCGCUGCCACCCACCUGUUCUCCUCGCCCCCUGCGGCAUGCUACGCCAAGUUUGGUUGCACCAGCAAGUCGGCCACAAAAGACAAUCGCAGGGUGUUCGGCGCCAUGGGUGCAGUGGACUUUGAGAAGAUCUAUUGCUACCUGAGCUCCAUCCACCAACCAAAAAAUGACUGCCAUCUCUCUCCCAUGGAGAGUGCCAUAAUGUUGGACCUGUUGAUGUCUCUUCCUGAGGAGCUCCCCCUAUUAGACUGCAAGAAGCUGCACAAACAUCUGAUCCAGAUGUACAAAUUUCUGUCCUGCACCGCUGACUCCAAGAUGGCGCACCAGAUGUUCGAAGAGCUGAAGGAGGGACUUUGUGCCGGAGGAGACGAACAAGCAAACCGUGAGCAGAGCCCCGCUCAGGCCGGCGGGGGAAAGAACCCGCAGCCCGAUGAAGCUGAGAGCCAAUCCUCAGGGAGCACUGAUGCACUGGGCCAAUCGGGGGACUGGGUUCUCUGCCCCCCCCUCAACCCUUUUAUGGUGCCACUGAAACUGUUAAUGCGUAAAUAGGUUGAAAUAUACAAAAUGUGUGUAUUUAUUGUGCAGUAUGCUUUGGUUAUGUCUAGACGCUGUAAUUAUCUUUUGUAAUAUUUUGUUUGUUUCAGACAAAGCUGCUUUAUUCAAAAAUAUGUUUUCUUUGGAUCAUCAAAUGUAAGCAUGUUCUAGUAGAAACUUCAAGUAUGAGGCUAAACGUUCGCCUAAUAGGAUUGAUUUGUAAGGAAAGAGAUGGUUCUGUGUUGAGUUGCAGCAGAUAAUUACGUGUCCUAUUGUUCAAAGCCAUGUGAGUACCUGUGAGUUUCCUUUUUGCAAUUUAUACUCUUAAAUAAUAUUUCCAUUAAAAAGUAAUUUUAUUAGUU